AUAGAAACUAUAAGGAUGUUUUUGUCUGUUAAGAGGAUUUACAAGGCAAGAAAUAUGGAGAACCAUAACUUUGAGGAUGACAGGCUAGAUGCUGACUUGGAUGAUCUUGACGUAGAUGUCCAUUCUACUGUUAUAUAUGGAGUUGAAGAUACGCCAGCUCCUCACAUGUGUGUUGUGUUUGCUUUACAGCAAGCUAUAUUAUGUAUUGGAAGUACAUUGUCCAUACCGUUUAUUCUCGGGGACCAGCUAUGUACCGACUUAUUUCCAGCACAGGAAAAGGCUAAUGUCAUUGCCCAACUUUUAAGUAUCUCAAUGUUUAUGUGUGGAAUUGCUACACUUUUACAAACAACGUUUGGGGUAAGAUUAGGAAUAAUACAAGGAGGAUCGCAUGUUUUUAUUGCUCCAAUUGUUGCCAUGAUGUCUUUAGAGAAAUGGAAAUGUCCAACAAGUCUUGAAAUUCCAUCAGCAAAUGGAACAAAUAUUACGACUUUUAUGAACCAAGAUCAGAAAGAUGAGAUAUGGCAGAGCAGACUCAGAGAGAUUCAGGGAAAUUUGAUGCUUGCAUCACUGAUCCAAGUCAUUCUGGGAAUUACUGGCAUUAUGGGUCUUCUACUGAAAUACAUUGGACCUCUAACAAUAGCUCCAACUAUAUCAUUAAUAGGACUUUCACUCACUGCUGUCGCGGCAGACUUCAACAGAACACACUGGGGAAUAGCAAUGUUAACGUUGGUUUUAAUUGGAUUUUUCACUUUGAUUAUUGGACGUGUCCGAGUUCCUUGUCUUGGCUUUAGUUUGAAGAAGAAAUGUUACGUGUUCAGAUAUCCAGUGUUUCAACUGAUGCCAGUACUGCUUAGUGUUGGUAUAUGCUGGAUUCUGUCCUAUAUUUUGACGGUAACGGAUACUUUAACAAAUGACCCUAAAGCACCGGCAUAUAAAGCGAGAACAGAUUCACGACUUGAUGUUGUAGCAGACAUUGGCUGGUUCUCCUUUCCAUUACCUUUCAGUUUUGGCAUUCCAACUGUGUCGGCUGCAGGAUUUGUAGGGAUGUUAGGCGCUACUUUAUCGUCUGUCAUAGAAUCCAUUGGUGAUUAUUUCGCCGCAGCACGCAUAUCUAAUGCAUCUCCACCACCACCACAUGCAAUUAACCGAGGCAUAGCUGCGGAAGGUUUCUCCAGUAUUAUAUCGGGUAUGGUUGGUGCUGGACAUGCAACUACAUCAUACAGUGGAAAUAUUGGAGCAAUUGGAAUCACUAAGGUAGCAAGUAGACGGGUGUUCCAGGUUGCAGGUUUAAUACUUCUCAUUGGUGGGAUUAUCGGUAAAUUUGGUGCAGUGUUAACACUCAUCCCAGAUCCAAUAAUUGGCGGGACAUUAACCAUCGUCUUUGGUAUGGUGGCAGCUGUUGGAAUUUCAGUUCUGCAGUUUAUAGAUUUUUCAUCUACUAGAAAUCUAACAAUUCUUGCUAUAUCUAUGAUUCUUGGAUUAAUGAUUCCUCAAUGGUUGAGUCAAAAUACAGAUGCCAUUGAUACCGGAUCUGAAGAUUUAGAUCAAGUUUUAAAAGUGUUACUUGGUACAGCCAUGUUUGUUGGGGGAGUACUUGGCUUUAUACUUGAUAAUUUGGUUCCAGGCACAUUAGAAGAGCGUGGAAUUCUUAAAUGGCGGGAGAGUUUAUACACUAAAUCAGGAGGAGCAAUGAAACCUGUUAUGUACGAAUAUCCUUACGUUACAAAAUAUAUUAAGAAAAUUACCUGUUGUUCAUAUUUCCCGUUAUCCCCAACAUUUAACAAAGAAUUAAACUGUUCAUGCUGUUCAAAAGAAAAUGAAACACCUGAACCAAGCAAAAGUCAGGAAUAUCAUCUCGCUGUUGGCAAUGGAGGUAUGCAGGAUGAACAAUUUGAUCACGGGGACACCAAGUUUUAAUCAUAUCAAGUAUUCAUAAUACAAAUGCCUCAGUGAAAACUAAUGAAUCUAUUUUUCGUGUAAAAAUGAUUGUAAAUAUAAUUGUUCCAGAUGACUGACUGAACAAAAUGUAACUAUUGUGUAUAUCUAUAUUAUGUAUAAAACACAUUUUGCAAGAUU